CUCUGUUUUGUUGUAGUGCUAUAAUAACUUCUUCAAUAUUAGUUUUAAUCGAACACUUUUAUUUGAAUACGUGUUCUAAGAAUUAAAUACAUAAAAAAGGUAAGUUUAAUAUUCGUACGGACUUUGUGUGUGGUUUCGUGUACAUGUUCAAGGACGUUUAAACGCAUUGAUUUUGAAAUAUAAUGUCGAAGGCGUUAUCCGCUGCUUCACUAAUACCCCAACUGCAAGAAAUGCAACAAUCGCAACAUCCAUCUAACAAUGGUAUGGCGGUUAACAACCAAAAUCAACAACAAUGGCCCAAUGGCUAUGGUAAUUCUUGGUAUUCAAACCAAAAUCCAGCAUACCAACAGCAAUACAGUCAAUACUAUCAGUACUAUAUGCGCACCAUGCAGCAACAGCAACAGCAACCGUCGCAACAACAGCAACAACAGUUGCAACAAUCUCUUCCAAUGAUGGUUGGUUCACUUAAUGGGGUAAAUCCAGCAAAUAUGCAACAUGAUAAAAAUUUGCCGCCUCUACCAGCUGGUCCUCCACCACCAUUGCCAAAUACAACAGGGAAAAGUAAUAAUAUACCGCAGUCGCAGGGUUCUAAAAUAUUUGGAGGUAUACGCUUUAAUUUAAAUCAACAGAAGCGUUUGGCCAAUGCACCAAAUCCUUUACAAACUCCGGCUAAUAAUAUACUCUUUAAUAAUACAAAUAACAAUAACGUUAAUAACAUCAAUAACAACAACAAUAAUAAUAAUAACAACAAUAAUAAUCUUAGUACCGGCAAUAAUAAUGGAAAGAAAAAACGUAAACGUAAUAAAAACAAAGGUAAUCAACAGCAGUCACCACAAAAGCAAGCAUAUAUACCACAAGAACAAACUCAAAUGACACCUUCUAUUACACCGACGCCUCCAUUAGUAAUGCAGCAACAAGAACAGUCACAAACUGUUAGUUUUAAUAAUUCUUUCGGUAGUAGACCGAGUAAUGGUUUUAUAAACACGUCAGUACCUCCUCCAAUUGCUGUACCAUUGCCACCAGACUUCACAAAGCCACCUCCUAUGCUUCCUAACAACUUAGGUACAGGUAAUGCAGUGAGCUCUGUUUCUUUAAAUGCUUCUAGUCAUGAAACGUCUAGUGUUGUCGAACACUAUCAGCCUUCGCAACAAAAUCAGAAUUCAACAGGGUUUAUAAAACCAAAUCCCUUUAAUAAUCCAAAUGACUCUUGGCCUGAUUCUCUGAACAAGUAUGUGCAGCGAUGCUAUGCUAAAUGUUCAACAGAUUUAGACAGAGAUCAGAUAGAUAUUUGUCUUAAAGGGAAAAUCAUUGCAGCUGCUAAUCGUAAUGAGUUAUGGACACGAGAUUGGGAUAAAGAACCUGUACCUAGUGUACAUAGUGAACGUAAUCAUAUAAAUUUACAGUUAAAGCCAUUAUCUUCCCAACCACUUCAACAGCAACAACAAUUGCAACGCAAAUCGACCCCUGAUAAAAGUAAUCAACACUUAAACAAUGUAUCACCACAAAGUCAGAAACACAAAGGCCUAUCACGUAGAUUAAAUGCAAGGUUAGGACAACGUGGUUCAUUUGGUGGUUUCCAGAAAAAUGCUCGAAUGUCUAGAAGUAGAUCUCGAUCGCCGGUUUCGUUUAAUAAACGUACUUCACAUUCUCGUAGUCCGUCGGGUAGUCCUCGGCGAAAGUCGCGUCGUAGUUCUAGUAAUACGUCAAGCAGUCCACGCUCAACUGAUAGUUAUAUACCCCUCACAUCUAGUAAAAAAAAUAAACAUAAUAAAAAAGGAAAACACAAAAAUAAAAAUGUUUCAAAUACUUCAUCUGUUAACAAAUCUAAAGCGCCAUUUUAUUCUUCUUCGAUUGGUGGAAAUAUUGAAGAUGAUAGUGCUCGUUUACAACAACGUGCAGCUCGUUUCUCUCAAAAUAAUUCAAAACAGAUAAUACCUAAGGUAGCAAGUUCUUUAAACGGUAAUACACCUAACCAUCAAAAGAGUUUACCUCAUGUUAAAACUAAAUUUAAAAAUGCGCGCAUCUGUAUAGAUAUUGACGGUUCGGUUGGUGAUAGCGGUUUAGAUUUAUUCGACUUACAUAUUGUAGGGACCUGUAGGGAUUUAGAAAAAUCGUUCCUGCGUUUAACUAAAGCACCAUUACCAUGUGAAGUACGGCCCAUUGAGGUGUUGCCACAUUCAUUGGCUAACGUGAAGGAAAAAUGGCGGAAAAAUCAGGACUAUUUUUAUGCUUGCGAUCAGCUUAAAUCAAUACGUCAGGAUUUAACAGUACAAGGUAUACGAGACAAGUUUACUGUUGAGGUAUACGAAACUCAUGCACGAAUUGCAAUGGAAAAAGGUGACCACGAAGAGUUCAAUCAGUGCCAAACACAAUUGAAGAUGCUUUAUACUGAAGUUGAAGAUUCGAAUAAAAACGCAAUUGAAUUUACAGCGUACCGUAUACUGUACUAUAUAUUUACUAAAAAUACGUUAGACACGUCUACUGUAUUACGAACAAUUACACAAGCUGAUCGCGAGAAUCCUGUAAUUCAAUUUGCUUUAGAAUUUCGUAGUGCGUGGGCUUUGGGUAACUAUUGUAAGAUGUUUAAAUUGUAUUCAGCAGCUCCACUGAUGGCAGGAUAUUUGGUUGAUUGGUUCAUUGAAAGAGAGCGCAAAGAAGCAUUGAAAAUUAUUAUAAAAUCAUAUCGACCCACUAUUAGCAUCGAAUACGUUUCUGAGUCCUUAGCAUUUGAAAGUAUAGAAAAGUGUAAAGAGUGGUUACUUAGCUUAAAUAUACCACUUGUUGGACCGACAGAAGCACAAAUCGAUUGCAAAUCUGCGCCAUUAUUGGUAUAAAUAAAAAAAAUAAUACAUAAUAUAUAUUCAAUCAUAUAUCCAGAAAUAUUAUGAUUGGAGAUAUGGUAUAGGGAAAAUCAAAAACUCAAAAUUAUAUGUGAAUUAAAUGUGGUAGAAACGUCUUUCCAAAGUGGAUUAUAUUUUUUAAUGAAAACUGAACAAAGUGAAUUUCGUUAUCAAAAUUCAUAUAUAAAACAAACCAUCAAUGCGCUCUCUCUCAAUAAUGAAAACCUACAAGAUAUUUUCUAAACUGAAAUAAUUAGAAAAUGCAGUAAAUUAAAAUCAGUGUUAACACCUCUAUGGGCUUUACUUUUUUAUAACGAACUUUUUAGACAAACCAAGUGAUUAAUUAGUAAGAAGUUGAUAUUAGCAAAAAUAGAAGAAUAUAGUGAAGUUAAUGGACCUUGCCAGAGAUCUAACAGAAAAUAAUACUGGACUUGAGAGUAAAUGAAAAUCCGAAUAUCGCUGUAAUGUUACAUACAAAUGAUCAAAUCAAUAUAUAUAUGUGUGUACAUACAUUAUAAGUUAUAUAGACGUGCGUGUACAUAUGUAUGCAUAUAUAAUGCAUACAUGGUUAUAAUGCAUAUAGUAAUAUAUACAUAUGUGUAUGUAUGCAUAUCUGUUUGGUUAUGAACUUUCUGUGUAAAAAUUCAAAAUAAGGUCGAUGUGGAUUGUUUCGUUAUACAAGCAAGAAAAAUAAAUUCAAAUCCAUUAAUAUUAAAAUUGAUGAAAGUGCGUCUAAAAAUUUAAAUUUGAGGCUUUUUUAUAAGAAUUAUAUUAUAAAAGAAAUUCGUAUAAAAAAAAUUAUUAAAAAUGCGUGGCGUUCGGGCUGGAGUUAGGAGUGCACUGAAUGAAAUUCUGAAUGGUUAAAUCAAUAUCUUUUGCAUGUUGAGCAAGGAGAGACCUUACGGAUUCCAUGAUGAACAAAUUUCAAAACAAAAAAUUCUACUGUGCUUAGCGAAAACUAAUAUUGCAUUGCGGUUGAACUAUUAGGAAAGGAACUAUUAGUUUGAUAAUAUGAAAUAUGAAGUAUUCCGAAGGACAAAUGAAAAUAUGAAUAUUCAAUAACUACACUAAAUAAAUACAUAAAAGACGUAGAAGCAUAGUUACGUUAUGCAGCGUUAAAAUUUCAACUGCAUUUACAAUAACGUAGAGUUGAAACUAUUUUGAGCUGACAGAAUGAAGGACUGUACCCUAGAUGAAAUGCUUAUUUCAGAAAAUCAAGUAACAGCGGAAUUGUUGCAAUUGCCUGUGUUGCUGUUUAACUUUAACAACUUCGCUGGACUUCUAUUGGUGCUGUUCCAGAUCAUCUAAAGAAUUAUAAAUAUGCGUUUGCUUCUUGAAGCUAAUGUAAAUUUUAACUGCAGAAAAAUUAUAUUGCAUAUAAUUGCAUAUAAAAAACUUAAUACUAACACAGAAAACAAAAAGUGAAAAAGUGAAUCUUUUAAAAUGAUGUUAUGAAACGAAUUCAUUUGAAACAUAAGCCUAAACCUCACAAAAAACAAAAGAAAGAAAUUCCCAAAUGUUCCUUUAUAUGCUAACACAUUUGUUUCUCUUUAUUAUGUCCUUAAAUGAAUUUAUUAUUAUACAUAUAAUUUAAUCUACCUAUUUCAUUCUAAUUUUAAAUUUUGAACUAUCAUCCCUAUUCUGAAUAUUCCCAGGGAAUAAGUCACCCUAUUCCCUCGAAUAGAACUCCCUUAUUCUGAAUUGCUUGGGAAACAGUUGUUUUGGGAACAAAAAAAAAAAAAAUUCAAAUUGGUUUCGUUGCACUUUCGCAACUAUAGCACUUUGUAACUAUAAAGAAUUGCGUAUUAUAUGUUGAGUUAAAUUUAAAAAUCACAUUAUAUAUGUGUAGCACAAAAUAUCAAA